AUGUUGCGAGGUUUAGGCUCUUGGUUGGGCUUGGAGAACCCGACGGACGCCAACACGUCGAAUGACACGGAAGAGGAAGACAAGCAGAAGCUGGAGGAAAAAGUGGUGGAAGCACAAAACGAGGUAAACAAACAGCAAGUGGAUGCUGAUGGCCACCAUGAAGAAGAACGAGGUGACGUGGAGACGAAUCAGGAGCUCAAUAAAGGACUUGGCGACUUCAUCUUCAGUUUUGCAUCCAAUGCAACCAAGAAGCUGUCCGAGUCAGUGGUCGUAACAGCACAGAGCAUUAAGAGGAGCGUCGAGGAGGGGAAGAUCGACGGCAUUAUUGAUAAGACCUUCCUCGGAGACUUUCAGAAAGAGCAAGAGAAGUUUGUCCAGGAAAAGAAGUCCAAAAGAUCAGAAGCAGCAGUGCCUCCCUGGGUUGGUUACAAUGAGGAGGAGACCAUUCAGCAGCAGAUCCUCGCUCUGUCAGCUGACAAGCGAAAUUUCUUGCGUGACCCACCGGCUGGCGUGCAGUUCCACUUCGACAUGGAGCAAAUGUUUCCGCUGGCUGCUGUCAUGUUGGAGGAAGACCAGUUGCUUAACCGCAUGCGCUUUGACCUCGUCCCCAAACACGUGAAGGAGGAAGUAUUCUGGAGAAACUACUUCUACCGCGUCUCGCUCGUCAAACAGUCUGCUCAGCUGACGGCAUUGGCGGCCCAGCAGCAGCAGCAGCAGCAGAAAGUGGCCGGUGACGGACAGGACACCGUCUCAUCCAGUGACAUCAUUUUAACAGACAACGUCAGGCCCAAAACGCCGCCCGUUUCCAUCAGCGACAACCAGACGCCGGCUCCGGAUGAAGAUUUUUCCAUCUCCACCAGUCCUGGCGUCUCCGAAUUUGUGAGCGACGCCUUUGAAUCGGCGGCCAUCGACAGCGAGGACCUGCAGAAAGGAAUGGAGCAGCUAGUGCUCGACAAGAAGGACAGCCUCCCCUCUGUUGACGAGGAUCAGUCAGACUGGGAGAAGGAGCUGCAGCAGGAGCUCCAGGAUUACGAGGUGGUGGCCGAGUCGGACAACCGGGAUGAGCAGUGGGACCAGGAGAUCGAGGAGAUGCUGCAGGCAACCGACCCUUAA